AUGUCCGACCAAUACCCUGACGACACUAAAAAGGACGACCGCAUGGUCGCGCAGACCUUGUCUCACGCCAGCCCACAACACGACAAGAACUCGUACGAUGAGGAGACCAACGUCCCCUCCGGCCUCCCCGAGGGCAUCGACGAGAAGAAGCUUCUGCGCAAGAUCGACUUCACGCUCAUCCCAUGGAUCUGCUUCCUAUACCUGCUCUCAUUCCUCGAUCGGGGCGCAAUUGGCAACGCGCGCAUCUACGGCCUCCAGACCGAUCUCGGCCUGUCGAGCACGCAGUACGCCCUCACGCUCACCAUCUUCUUCCUGCCGUACGCCGGCUUCGAGGUGCCCUCCAACAUCCUGCUCAAGAGGCUCCGCCCGCGCAUCUGGUUCCCGCUCAUCACCAUCUUUGUCGGAAUCUGCAUGGCCAUGCAGGGCGUGGUCCACAACUACGGCGGCCUCCUCGGCGCCCGCUUCGCACUCGGCGUCGCCGAAGCCGGCCUCUUCCCGGGCGCCAACUACCUCCUCGCCGGCUGGUACAAGCGCAACGAGAUGGGAAAACGCACCGCCAUCUUUUUCUCGGCCGCCACCCUGGCCGGCGCGUUCGGCGGACUCCUCAGCUACGCCCUCAACCUCAUGGACGGCAUCGGAGGCUACGAAGGGUGGCGUUGGAUCUUUCUCAUUGUUGGAAUAUGCACAUUUCUCGCAGGAAUCCUCUCCUUCUGGCUCUGCGUCGACUUCCCGGACACGGCGUCUUUUCUGAGCGACAAGGAGCGACGCGCCGUCGUAUGGCGGCUGCAGCAGGACCAGCAGUUCUCGGCCGCGGGCGAGACGUUCCACAUGAACCACCUGUGGCGGGGCAUCUGCGACUGGAAGACGAUCGUCGGCAUGCUCAUCUACGCCGGAGUCUGCGGCCCGCUGUACGCCUUUUCGCUCUUCACGCCGACCAUCCUGCGCGAGCUGGGCUACACGGCCAACCGCGCCAACCUCACCUCGAUCCCCAUCUACGCCGUCGCCUGUCUCUUCACCGUCACCGUCGGAUUCCUCGCCGAUCGCACAUCGAGGCGCUCCCUGUACAACGUCGGCCUCGGACUCGUCGCCAUCGUCGGCUACGCGAUCCUCAUUGGCAACAAUCCGACCUCCAAGCCCGGAGUAUCCUACUUCGCAUGUUACUUGGCAGCCAUCGGAAUCUACCCGGCAAUUUCCAACACCAUCUCGCUCGUCGCCGGCAACUCGGAGGGAGCUUACACCCGGGCGGUGGUGACGGCGAUGGUGAUCAGCUUCGGCAACUUUAACGGCGCGCCAACGAGCAACGUGUACCCGACACGGACCAGCCCGCGCUUCCAGAUGGGCCACGGGAUCAUUAUCGGGUACCUGUUCAUGACGGUGCUCGCGUCGCUCGUCUACUACCUCGGCGUCACGCGGGAAAAUGCCAAGCGCGAGGCCGGGCUGAGGGACGAGAGGAUCCUGGCGUCGGAGCUGUCGCCCGAGGAGCAGGCCGGAAGGGACCUGGAGGCUGAGGCGGCGCAGAUCCGCGCUCAGGAGGCGGCCGAGGCGGGAUGGUGGCGCCGGUUCCAGUACGGCCUGCACCUCCAGGGCGGCGGAACAUACGCCACGGUCGAGGAGGCCAAGAGGCUCAAGGGCGACCAUUGGUCUGGCUUCCGCUACAGGUCCUAG